AUGUCUAUCUAUCAAGAAGAACAGCAAGAACUAAUUUCUCCCAGCGAUGAAACGACUUUAAGCACAAGACCGAUUGCUGCCAGCGCCGGUGGAUCACAUACCGCUUCAGAAGUCGUUCCUGGCUCAUUUAGAGAUAAACGCAGUAAGAACCAAAACAAUGGUAUAAGAGAACCACCUACACAACUGGAAGCUCAACCAAGGCCUUUAAACCCAACUCUUGGUGAAAGUGACUAUAGACCAGUCAUUACACCAAACCAGCAACCAUCAGUAGAACCUAUUAGUGAGACAACCCCUUUAAUGUCAGCAACAUCUCAGUUGGUUUCGGGAGAAAAUGAAUCCAUCAAUGUAAACGAAAAUAGGAAUGUUAAUGGGAUACGGGUGAUGUGUGGGUGUUCUACGAAAACACGUGUAAUCGUGUCUCUACUGAUCUCCUUUGCUGCACUGUUGUUAUUUACUUCUGUCUUUGGUGUUGUAGCCAAGAAGUCGUCUUCAAGUGCUCCUGCAUUUCCAAAUGAUGUUGUCCUUGUCGACAGAGUCUCUGGAGUUUGGUACAAUCAACUAACAGUGUCCUAUGAACAAGAAACAUCAGCCAGAGAAGUGAAUGAAGAUGAAGCACAAAUUACAGUCUACUACGUCGAGCGUCCAGAAAUCCGAGAGGAAAUCUAUGCUGAGUCAUCCUUGCCGAAAAACUUCUCAUUUCCACAGGUCUUGAUAGUCAAUAACAGCCAUCAGAACUACCUGCUAAAACACUCUCGUAUCCAAUUAAAUUUCUCCAUUUAGAAUCCAUCCAACUAUUCAGCUUCGGCAAAGAUAUGGCAAUUUUCAACGUUAGCUGACUAUGAGAGUAUUGUAGAUAAAGCUGAUACCAACAAAAAUGUGAUUGAGGCUGAGAAAAAAGGAGAGUGCCAGCAAAUUCAGAAACCACCCAACAACUUUGUGAUUCACAAAAGUGGGUAUUAUUGGUAUGUCGUUUCAACCUUACUGAGUGAGAGUAAGAAUGUCUGCACUAGUCGUGAAUACCGCCUAUCAAAACUGUACUUUGAUAAAGCUUCACUCGGACAAUCACACGACUGUUUGUUGUCAGAGCCAUCAACACGACACGUGAGUGUGUUGUUGCUAAUUCACUGUUUUCUCAAACUUCAACGAAGCAAGUUUUAGUGUCUGUGGCGGUUACUAAUACUGAGUUUUCCAGUCCCUAUAAAGUAACUGUUAACAAGAAAUAUGCGAUUGGGAUAGCUCUAAUACCUUUCGCUACUUUGGAGCUACCUGCAUUAGUUGCUUUUAUAUCAUUGUCUGUAUACUGUGUGUAUAGCUAUACAAGUACUGCUGUCAGUGAUGCCA